CACUAAGUGGUUGGGCUUUCGUUUUUGGGCUCGACUUUUGCUUUUCCCAGUGAAUCAACCGCUCCGUCGCUGGCAUUAUGGGACCGGACGGCGGCUGUGCCGGCGACUACUGUCCAAUGGUCGACGCGAUUACACUCAUUGACGGCACCCAUGGCCUCAAUGGCAGUCAUAAGUGUGUCCAACAAUCUAAUGGAUCCAUAAAUCGCCAAGAAUUGGCCAAUUCUAUGAAUGGCAAAAGUAAGCGACAAUUAAACGGACAAAACGGGCGCCAAAUAUAUAUAUCCGACCGGAAGGAAGAGCCGCCCCUUUACCUCGAAAUCCUAUGUUAUAUCAGUUAUGCC